AUGGGAGCUGUUACAAAGAAGAGUAAGGAAAAGAAGCAUGCAGAGCUUGAAAAGGUUGGAAAGUAUGCAGAGGAAUACCCCCUUGUUGCAGUGAUUGAAAACCCAAGCAUAUCUAACGUCAUACUCAAAAAGAUUAGAGAGGACUUCAGUGGUGUAUCCAGGAUUCUGUUUGUGAGAAAGAAGAUGGCAAGAGCGGUGUACAACAUGCCUUCUAUGCCAAAAGACUCCUUCUUCUUGAUGUUUGGGGACACAGAAGCCAUCGAAAGAGCCAAGACAUACCAGUACGAGGAUUUCCUCGAGAAAGGCGAUGUUUGCCCUGCUCGGGUUGUCAUAGAAAAGCAAGUGAUAAGAAACAAAGAGAUGAUUGAGAUUCUUCCUGUAUCCAUGAAGGACGAGCAAAUGCAGUUGAAAGAGGACUAUGUUGCUUGCGAGGCUGGAGAGGAGGUUGAUGAGGUGAAGGCAAAGAUCUUAAGGUUCUUUGGGAAGAGAUUGAAAAAAAAGAACCUGGUUGUAUUCGAUGUAACCCCAUCCUCCAGUCUUCUAAAAAAAACCACAAACGAUUAA